UUUUUUUUUUUUGAAAAAAAUUUCAAAUUUAUUUUUAAAAUUUUUGCCAUUUGUUUUAUUUAUUAGAAAAAUAAAUUGCGUGUGGGAAAUGGGAAUGAAAUACUGAACAUUCUCAUAAUGGAUUGAUUCCUGACCAAAGUGGGCUCUUUCUUUACAAGCUUGACGUUGUUUUUUGCAAUUUAUUACGAUCAGAUUAGGAUGCAUUUAAUGAAUUAUAAGCUCCUAUUUGGUACUCGACAGAUAUCAGUCAAUUCUUGAGUGAUUAAAUAACUCCUUCAUAUGGUUUCACUAUUGCGAAAUUUUAAUGCACCAGCUCUGCCUGAACAUUGGCAUUAGAUCAAAUCAUGAGAGCGAUACGUUGGUGCAGAGAAAACAUUAUAAAAUUUGGAGCAUUACUGAUAGGGUUUGUUAUACUUAGUCUUUGGAUCCUGACGAAGAGAAUCGAGAGAGACGAUUACUACACCGUACAAAAUGGUGUCGAUGGUUUAAACGAUGUUGACAAAAUGAAAGAGAUGGCUGCUCAGCUCGAAGAAGCCAAUGAAAAAAUCCGAUUGCUGAAAAAUCAGGUGGAUAGAAUAAGCGAUACGUCAGCUCAGCUGGAAAAAGCUAAUAAGAAUUUACGCAUUUUGGAAGAACAAGUUUUAAAUUUGAGCGGUAGACUUCCCAAACCGUAUCCGGUCGUUAAACAUCGUAAUUACAGAAAUAAAAAAAGAAUAUUGAUCACUGGCGGAGGUGGUUUUGUCGGAUCUCAUUUGGUAGAUCGGUUGAUGUCCGAUGGUCACGAGGUUAUCGUAGUUGACAACUUUUUCACCGGUAAAAAAGAAAACAUCGAGCACUGGAUCGGUCACGCUAAUUUUGAAAUGAUACAUCAAGAUAUUGUUAAUCCAGUAUUUGUCGAAGUUGACGAAAUUUAUCACCUCGCAUCUCCAGCUUCGCCUCCUCAUUACAUGUAUAAUCCGGUAAAAACCAUUAAAACCAAUACCAUCGGAACGAUUAAUAUGUUGGGUUUAGCUAAACGAGUCGGUGCUAAAAUAUUAAUAGCUAGUACAUCUGAAAUUUACGGAGAUCCCGAAGUUCAUCCGCAACCGGAGACGUACUGGGGUCAUGUAAAUCCUAUAGGCCCUCGAGCUUGUUACGACGAAGGGAAACGAGUAUCUGAAACGUUGAGUUACGCUUAUUUCAAACAAGAGAAUGUUUCUGUGAGAGUUGCUCGUAUAUUCAAUACGUACGGACCUCGAAUGAAUCUGGGAGAUGGACGUGUCGUAUCGAAUUUCAUUCUACAAGCUUUAAGAAAUGAAACGAUUACUAUUUACGGAAAUGGAAAACAAACUCGUUCUUUUCAAUACGUAUCGGAUUUGAUAGAUGGAUUAAUUGCGCUCAUGGACUCCAAUUAUACUUUACCUGUAAAUUUAGGAAAUCCCACCGAACAUACCAUUACUGAAUUUGCUGUGAUAAUAAAAAAUUUGGUCGGAGGUAAAAACAAAAUAGAGCAAGGAGAUGCGGUUGAAGACGACCCACAGAGAAGAAAACCAGAUAUUACUCGAGCGAGAAAAUACUUAAAUUGGGAACCGAGAGUAUCGUUGAAAACUGGCUUGGAGAAAACUAUCGCAUAUUUCAAGGAAGAAUUGAUCAGACAGCGUCUUCAACCAAAUCCAUAUCCUUCUGUAUGAGAAAUGAGUUUACUUUCAUCAUACUAUGAUUACUUUUCUAGUCGGUGCAGUUAUUUGUUUAUUAUUUUUAAAAUGUUGAAUAUAUUACUCGACGCGGUUUCGAGAAUAUUUUGACUACUAGUAUGGUCAACAAAGAGCAAAUCUAUAUUUUUUCAAAUCCAAAGAAGAGUUAUUUGGUAUUACUAGAAUUGUCACAUUUGAAAAAUUAUUGCUGCGCUCAUUUCGGUGUUACGAACAGAUGAGCGUUGUUCAUUUUUAAUGUACUUAAUUAUUAUUCUUGUGUAAUAUUUUUCAAAGUUCUAUCUUAAUACUUGACGGUGAUUUUUAAUCCACUGUUUCAAUUCAAUGAUAUCGAUGAAUUUUUUUUCUCAUCGUUUGAAUAUUUAUUUAGGAGCAUGAUUAAUCCUUAAUUCAUCAGUAUUUUGAGCAAUUAUUGACAAAAAACGAAGUUGCUGUAAUGAUUAAUCUCUGUACGACUCUUCGAAUUUCACACUUUCAAAAAGAUGAAAAUGAGGAUUUACUUAUUUGUGAUAAAAAUUGUUUGAGAGAAAUGUCCCUUGAAUAAAUAUGUCAAUUUAUGACUAUCGAUCGUGCGCGAUGAAAAUACUUAUCCUUCAACUUAUGUAUUUUAAUAAAAAUGAAAUGUUGUGAUUUGACGUGGUUUUGUAAUAAAACUAAUACAUGUUUUACAUUUUUCA